CCAAACAUGCCCGUAGUUCGUUUAUCCUUUAACAUCUUCAUACAAAAAACUCAACUGAUUCUCUGUCUCAACAAUCUUCGUUAAUCUUCUUUCUCACUUCACUAAAUUAACUCAAAGAUAUCGUCUUUAUAAUCUUCUUAUCUCUCGUAACCUAACCAGGUUCUGUUUCUUCGUCUAUUUCACCUUUUUCAGUCAAAUUCUUGCAGAAAAAUCAACAUUAACUCCUCAAAGUGGUGCUAUUGAUAGCGUAAGUCAAAUCUUUAUUGAAUUUCCUGAAUUGGGUUUCGUUUAUUUUGUUAAAACUAUUCGAAAUUGUAGAUUUUUUAGUUGUCCGCCAGGUGUUUGUUAAAAUGCCUGAAUGAGUUUUCACUUCUUAUCCUUAACUGGUUUGUUGAACUGUAUAAUCUGAUGGCUUUUUCUUCUUGUUUAAGUUGUGACCCAUUGACAUUCCCUCAAAAUCUAAAGCACCCAUCUUUGUUUUCCCCUCAUAAAAAGCUUUCAAAUGUUGUUUCUUUUGCAUCCACUAAAAACCAUGAACAACUCACUGUUUCCCCUUCUGAACAAGAAGUUAUUGAUAUCUUAAGAACUGAAAACGACGAAACCGCAGUGCUUGAUGCCUUUAACUGGGCGUUGAAGCAACCAAGUUUCGAACCGUCUUUGAGUGUUUUUGAGGAAAUGCUUAGAAAGCUCGGUGAAGUAGGGUCUGUUGAUUCGAUUAGGGGCGUGUUGGAUGACAUGAAACGGUCUUCGUGUAAGGUUGCCGAAGAUACUUUCUUUAUUCUGAUCGAAAGUUUUGCGAAGUUUGGUUUAUACGAUGAGGCUGUUUGUGUUUUGUUUAUAAUGGAAGAAGAGUUUGGAGUGAAGCCGGGGACGUAUAGUUAUAACUUCUUGUUAAACGUUCUUGUUGACGCGAACAAGUUGAAGCUAGUCGAAGAUGUUCACUCGUUAAUGUCUAGUAAAGGCGUUAAACAAGACGUUUCGACUUUUAACAUCUUGAUAAAGGCGCUUUGUAAAGCUCAUCAAAUGAGGCCUGCGGUUUUGAUGAUGGAAGAUAUGGUUACUCACGGAUUAGUACCCGAUGAAAAAACGUACACGACGUUAAUGCACGGUUAUAUCGAAGAAGGGAAUUUAAACGGCGCGUUGAGAAUCAAAGAACAGAUGGUGUCGGCUCAAUGUCAACAGACGAAUAUAACCGUUAACACUUUGAUUCAUGGAUAUUGUAAAGUCGGACAAGUUUCGGAAGCGUUGAAUUACGUUCAAAAGAUGUCGAAGGACGGGUUUUAUCCGGACCGGUUUACGUUCAACACUUUGGUCAACGGGUUAUGCAAAUCGGGCCAUGUUAAGCAUGCUUUGGAGCUUUUGGAUGUUAUGGUUCACGAGGGUUUCGAUCCGGAUGUAUAUACCUACAACACGGUUGUUUCGGGAUUGUGUAAGUUAGGUAAAGUCGAAGACGCGAAAGAUAUACUUAACCAGAUGCUCGAACGCGACGUUUCUCCGAACACGAUCACAUACAACACGAUAAUCAGCGGUUUAUGUAAGGAAAACCAAGUGGAAGCAGCUUCCGAACUCGCUCUUAGUUUAACGAGCAAAGGAAUCUCGCCCGACGUUUGCACUUUUAACUCUCUGAUUCAAGGUCUUUGCUUAUCGAGCAAGUUUGAAUCCGCGUUACAAGUGUUCGACGAGAUGAGAACCAAAGGGUGUCAACCCGAUGAGUUCACGUAUAACAUGCUAAUCAAUUGGUAUUGUUCGAAAGGAAAACUUGAUUCCGCGUUGAAACUUUUGAAAGAAAUGGAAUCAAGCAACUGCCCGCGAAACGUGAUAACGUACAACACGCUUAUUGACGGGUUUUGUAAAAACAAGAAAGUCGAAGAAGCGGGUGAGAUUUUUGAUCGUAUGGAGCUUCACGGGAUUUCGAGAAACGUGGUUACGUACAACACGCUUAUCGAUGGGCUUUGCAAGAACCGCCGGGCCGAAGAGGCAUCCAUGCUUAUGGACCAGAUGAUAAUCGAAGGAUUAAAACCCGAUAAAUUCACUUACAAUUCCCUUCUUUCUCACUUUUGUAAAGCGGGCGAUAUUAAAAAAGCAACGGAUAUCGUUCAAGUUAUGGUUACAAACGGAUGCGAGCCCGAUAUAGUCACUUACGGAACGUUAAUUCAAGGGUUAUGUAAAGCGGGACGAAUCGAUGUUGCGUGUAGAUUACUUAGAAGCAUCCAGUUAAAAAACAUGGAGGUUACACCACACGCGUAUAAUCCCGUUAUUCAAACGUUGUUUAAAAAACGCGGUGCGGAUGCUGCGAUGGAGUUCUUUAGAGAAAUGGAGCAAAAGGGUUGUCCGCCUGACGACGUGUCGUACAAGAUUGUUUCGAAAGGGUUAUGUUCGGGUGGCGGGCCCAUCGGGCAAGCGGUUGAUUUCGUAUUUGAGAUGACUUCGAAAGGUUAUAUACCCGAGUUUGGUUCUAUAUACAUGCUGGCCGAAGGACUUUGCGCCCUGCAAAUGGAGGACACUUUGGUUAAGAUAGUGGAUCAGAUUAUGAAAGCUGCGAAAUUUCCGGAAAAUGAAGUGAGUAUGAUCAUGGGGUUUCUUAAGAUUCGCAAGUUCGAAGAUGCGUUGGUCACGUUGGAUCGUUUUCUUAGCGUUCGGAAGCCGAAGCGAGGUUAUUGGCGAGGGGAAUAUGCUGCAAAAUGAGGUUAAAAUUGUGUAUCUUUUUGUACCUUGUUCUAGGAUUUAAUUUCUAGAUUUUUAUCUUUAUUAUGGGUUGAUAUUUUGCUUGUACUCUUAACAUUAGUCCUACUAGUUUUGAGAAAUCCAAGUCGUGUUCUACGUG